CUCAUUCGUGAAUUUCGAUUUCCUUGAAUUUCUUCUGUGAGAUUAGGUUAGAAUCCUCGCGGUUUUAUUCCCUUGCAUUUUGAUUUAUUAAUGUCAUAGUUACUAUUUGCAUUUUCGAGUGUUAAAGGCAGUGUCUUUAAACCGAAAAUUGUCUUUGCUAACAAGUUCAUGAACUCUUAAAAAAAUUGUCACAAUGGCUGCAGCGUACGGAAUACAUUUGGGCAACAGUUCAGCAUGUUUAGCAUCCUACACAAAUGGUGCACCUUCAGUGAUCGCUAACGAUGCCGGUGAUCGUGUGACUCCUGCCGUAAUCGCCCUCAAUGGUUCAGAAUGGGAGAUCGGCUUGCCCGCCAAGUCCGGACAGGCUGCUACUAAAGCUAUCAUUAAACAUAAUAAAAGAUUAAUGAACUGUGACUUUAGUGAUGAAGAUUUGACCUACGUGGAGUCUUUCUCGUCAUGCCGCAUUCAGAAUGACGAAAACCUAGUGUAUGAGUUUGAAACAAGUGAGACAAAGCUGUAUUCAAACCCUGACAACAUUGCUACCAAGGUUUAUGAUAAACUAUUUACUAUUGCUAGUCAUUCUAUGCGAGAUGACGGUGAUCUGAAGUUGGUACUUGCUGCACCAUUGCAUUGGUCAAAUGCAAGCAGACAGCGCAUUGUAAAAUGUGCAGAGUUGGCUGGAUUUGAUGUGCUUCAAGUAAUCUGCGAACCAGCAGCCGCAAUCAUGGCUUAUAACCUAGAAGAUACUGUUGAAGAUACCAAUGUUCUUGUGUACAGGCUAGGUGGAUCAUCUUGUGACGCUUCUAUUGUCAAUAUUAGUGGAGGCUUCAUUAGUGUUGAGAAAAACAUAUUCCGAUCUGAUUUGGGUGGCCAGUGUUUGACCAAAGAUUUGGCCAACUAUAUUGCACAGGAAUUUAAACAGAAGUGGAAGCUAGAUCCACAAGAAAGUAGGCGAGCAAUGGCGAAAUUACUCAACCAUGCUGACAACUGUAAGAACAUUUUGUCAACUCUUAACUCCGCUCAUGUUCACAUUGAGUCUUUAUUAGAUGGUGUUGAUUGGAACCAGAAUGUGUCUAGAGCCAGGUUUGAGAAUGCCAUUUCAUCUAAAAUCCCUUCAUACAUGGAGCCAGCGCAGAAAAUAAUUGAAGAAUUCAGUGGAAAAAUUAGCAAAAUUGUUCUUUGUGGUGGAAGUAUGAAAAUACCGAAGUUGCAAUCGGCAAUCGCUAACUUGUUGCCAGAAGCUGAGCUACUGUCCGGUAUCAACCCUGAUGAAGUGAUUGCUAUUGGCUGUGCUCGACAAGCAGGACUCUUACUAGACCUACCAGAGAUCACACUCAAUGAACCUAACACUGAAGUUGAGUUUCUAGGCAAGGAUGUCUACCUAAAAUACCUGGAUCAAACUGUAAAGAUUUUCAAAGAAGGUUCUCCACCAUUUGCCCAGAAUGUUUGCAAUGUUGAUGUGGGCAAAGAUGUGAAGACAAUUGAUUUCACUCUGCACGAAAAUCCUGAUGAGGAACAAUUUGCUACAGAAACCUUUGAUAUUGAGAAGCUAUGUAAACCAUUUACCUUAAAAGCUACAUUACAACACUCAAAAAUUGUUUUACAAGUUGAAUGAGUUGGAAAUGACGAGUUUUUAACUUUUUUGUAACAUACCUUAUAAUAAACAU